UUGAAGAACAACUCCACCACCAACACCGUGAAAUGCAAAACAGACAAUCAAAGAUUAGCAGCUAGACACGUAGCACUCAAACAAGAACUCUCAGCUUCCAACGAAGAAAUCCGUCACAUCUCUACAGUUGCUUCUCAAGUGAAAGCAGAUAGAGAUAUUGAAAUCAGAUCAUUAUAUGACCAGUCACUGAAAUUGGAAUCGGAAACAAUUGGGAAGUUUAGUGCUGAAUUAGCUCAAGCUAAGGUUGAUAUACAGAAAUUGAAUGCCAACAAAUUGGAGUUAACUUCGAAGUUGCAGACUAUUAAUGGUGAUCUCAUUCGGGUUCGUCAGGAAAGGGAAGAAGCUAAAUCAAUUGAGUCUGACAUUGACUCCAUGCGAAUUGAGGUUCAAAAGGGAAGGGCUGCUAUUGAGUUUGAGAAAAAGGCUCAUGCUGAAAACCUUGAGCAUAAGCAACUAUUAGAGAAAAACAUGAAUGAAUUGACUCAAGCUAUUGAGAAACUACAUUCGGAGCUUGCUGAUGCAGAGAAGAGAGAUCAAGCGGCAAAUGCAGCUAGUGCUUCUGUUAUUAUUGCUCCAAUCCCAGGUCCUGUAUAUGCUGAAAGCUAUGGGCAUCCUCAGAUGGGAUAUGUGGGAGUCGGACCUUCAUAUGUUGAUCCUUACAGCAUGCAUCAGAUGGUGCAACCCAAUGUUGAUGCCCGGUUUCAGUAUGGAUCAGAAGCAAUUGCAUAUGCUCCAUAUAUAGAUGAAUGCCGUUAGACAUUGAACCACCAGGAUUCUUAUUCAUGCCGUGCACAAUAUGAGAGAAGGCAGAAUUUGUUUCGGGUUGCCCCAGGAAUUAGAGCUUGCUAGACCUCUGCAGGGCGUCUCAAAUGUUAUACUGUUGUCAGAAGUCUUCUUCAACCAAAUACAGGCUACAUAUUUUGGUCAUAUUGCCACUUGUGAAUAUAUUCUCAGUUCUCAAUCAUAAACGAGCAUUGUAUUUACAACUGGAGACUCUGAUCUUGUCGUUUUUGCACUGUUCUGGUGGUAUAAAUUUCUAAGGUUCACUCUA